CUGUGUACCCUCGGUACCGCUCGGGUCACUCGGUGGCGGGUGGAUCCCGCUACUCCCCGCGCCGGCGGGCAUCGCUUUCCCCAGCGUGGCCGGUUCUCGCUGAGGUCCCGAGAAGAGCGUGAGUGAGCAGCGGCUGUGAGCGAUCACGUAUGUGCUCUGACACAAGCCAUGUCCCUAACAAAACGUUGGUGAAAGAGUAGAAGAUUUCUGGGAUACAGCAGCUCCAGUACCGGGAAGCCGCUUCUGCAGGUGAGGGGCAGCACUUGCUGGAGGAUGAAGUAGCCCAGGAGUCGAGGCUCACCGGGACGAGGUUGAUGGCUUGCAUGGAGCUUCUCUACCUGGCCAAGGAGAGCAGACAGGUGCCCCUGGGCACCACUACCAGCUGGAGCCUGCCCUCCCCUCCCUACAAGCAGCAGCAGCAUGAGGGGGGUGAGGUGGACCCCGGAGCAGCCCUCCACUGUGAAAGGCAUUGCAAGCCUUUGCAGACGGGCCCUGUGGCUGAGCCCCCCCUGGCACCUCAGCCCUCAUCCCUGGACACCUCACCCCAGGAGCACCUUGCACCCUCCAGCAGCUCCCAGCCCUGCCACCCACCCGAGCACUCACCCAGGGAGGAGGACAGAGGGAAGAAGAAAGCCUGCUGCUGUGCCCAGGAACUUGAGACAUCAUUCACCUACGUGGAUGAAAAUGUAAAUCUGGAGCAUGCAAGAAGUCCCCCCAGUCCUACAGGUGGACAUUGCCAGGAUGCCCUUCUGCAGCAGCAUUCCUGCAGGGAGCUGCCACCUGAAUGGGUGCAUGAUUCUCCUUCCCUGGUCUCCGAGGAGGAAGAUGCUGCCUCGGAGGCGGCAGCCGGGAAAUCCGUUGACUAUGGGUUCAUUAGUGCCAUUUUGUUCCUGGUUAGUGGCAUUUUGCUGGUGAUAAUUUCCUACGUGGUACCCAGAGAUGUGACUGUGGAUCCCAACACUGUGGCUGCCCGGGAGAUGGAGAGGCUGGAGAACGAGAGCGCCAGGAUUGGUGCUCAUUUGGACCGCUGUGUUAUCGCUGGGCUGUGUCUCUUAACCCUGGGGGGCGUGGUGCUCUCCAGCCUGUUGAUGAUGUCCAUGUGGAAAGGGGAGCUGUACCGGAGGAGCAGGUUUGCAUCCUCCAAGGAGUCUGCAAAGCUGUAUGGAUCUUUCAAUUUCAGAAUGAAGUCUGGAGCAAAUGAUAAUAUGCUCGAGCUGUCAUUAGUUGAGGAAGAUGUGCUUGCCACAGAUAAUUAGUGUAGUCAUGAUUUUUAAGGCAGCAUUUCUACAGGAAAAUAAGUUUCAUUAAAGAAAGCAGAUGCAGCUAAAGAUAGCUGGUGAUGCAGUUUGUUUGUCUGACAAGAAUGGUUUUAUCUUAAGCUCUAUAAUCAAAUGUUUGCAAUAUAUGAGCACUUGUAAAGAGGAAAUGUGUCAGAGGAAAUGCAAAUGAUACAAAAUAAUGAAAACCACUGAAUAAAAAAAAUUGUGAUAAGUAGGUUCCUCAGAUACUCGUUUAUCCUAAUAUAAAACAUUCCACUGGUGUCUUGCCUAUAUAAUUUUCUUAUUUCUCCAUAUAGAACAGGAAUGACCUUGACACUUUAGAAGCCGCUAAUUAUUGCAGGAUUAUUAACAGUCUACUUGAUAAAAUGUUAAGAAGCAGGACCAAUAAUCAAAUAGCAGGGCUAAUAUUUCAUUAAACAGAUUCUUUUUUAUUCUUUAAUUUUCAACUGAUCCCUUUUCUAUUGAGGGAAGAAAGAACACCACUUGGUCAUGACUUGCCACAACCCUGCCAUCUUUUCAAACAAUUGUACAAUUAGUGAUGAUUAUUUAAAAUAUAAAAUAAGAGGCAAAGGGCAGGAAACCAUAUGGCUCAUGGUAUUGGUAGGAGACAAAAGGCUCUUUCAGCUUGAGGUCAGUGGCUCCAUUUCAUUUCAGAUUAGCAAUGAUUGAUAGUCAUUAACUUCUGAUAGCUAUAGUGACCCAUAUAAAAGAGGUUUAUUUCCUGGUGGACAGAUGUCUUUGUAUGAAAACUGCCAUAACUUGAAUUAACAGAGCUCUUGUCUGGAGUUUCAAAAGACCCAAAGAGUAAAAAACCAUGGGUAUGCUGAGAUUGAUUCUCCUUCAAUACAGAUGCCAGAAGAAAUUCAAGCUCAGCUGCAGGGCUUUGCUUAUACUGGGGCUGUCUGCAUCUUAUUAGUCCUUUCUGAAACUUCAGUUUUAUGUCACUAGGCUGUCAGCUUUCUCAUAACCAGCAAGGAAAGGUCAGGAAGGAGCUAUCUGAGGCUCGUUCAAUAAAACCCAAUUUAUUUGUAAAAAAUAAAUCACUGGGAAGUACAAAGGUUAAGUAUCAGGCAGUUUACUGGCUGACAUGAGACUCACUUAACAUAGAUGAUCAAGGGUACAUGUUACUUUAAUCACAGUUCUGUGGCACCAUAGCUAAAAACCUGUACCACUGAUGCUAUUUCAUCAGCAGAUUCUGUGGAACAUUGAAGGUAUGUUCUUGCAGUGUUGAGAAAACCAACAAAAAUUGGCCUAUGCACCACUGUCACUUCUUACUGAACAGUGGUUAAUAUAUAUAUGUCCUCCUAACAUGUCUGUCAUUAUAUAUGUAUGUGUCCCUGACAAAACCAAACAUGAGUGAAGAGCUCUGUCUGUACAGUCUCUGCAGAGUCUUAGUAGAAGCAUGUGAUUCACUGUCACAGCCUUUUCAGUCAUGAGUUAGGUUUCAAAUAUCAGGAGUAUUAAAUAUUUUUUCAAUUAUACUUUUUUCCCCACUGUGACAUACAAGAGAAGAGUUCUCUUGGGAAAGGGUGACAAGAUUUCCUUUGUGCUCGCUUUACCCAGGAAUAUGUGGCAGCACAAAGUUCAGAAUAAGAAGUGGAUGGUGGAAACGUGGGUUCUUCACUCGGAGAGACUGAACGCUGUUUUGCCACCUGGUUGCUCAUUCCCUGUUUUCUGGCUGUUUCUGUCAGGAGAUGAGUGCAGCACCCAAGUCUGGCACUCAGCCAGUUCAGUCCCUUGUGCUUGCUGGCCUUUGACUGAGGACUCAAGGAUCUGCACUGCUCCAGAUUCAUGCCUUUGGUUGCUGUAAAUAGCAGAGCAUGGUACGCAGGCUUUAGCACUGGCCCUGCAAAAGAGAUGCUGCUCUAGACGGUGCUUUUGUUCAGUGUCACUGGGUAAUUAAAUGAGCUGCCUUGUUAGGAGGUGCUGCUGCCUAUUAGAUGAUUUUCCCAGUUUAUGUCGUGAUACACGGCGUGUUCACAGGCAGUAACUCAACAGUGACCAGCAUGUCCACAGUUGUCUUUGGAGAGCUUGCAUCCCUCUGGAUAUGUCAUCAGGGAUUCAGGAUUGAAUGUCUAGAGUAAAUACCUGGAAUAUCUUUCAGAUGUAAGAAGAAGCCUUCAGCCUGUUGUGAUCAGUGAGAGUGAGGAAGGAAAUAGCCUAGGAAGCAGGACACAGGAGGAGAGUUCCUCCUUAGCUGACCUUUGCCUGCUGGUGGGUAUGUGGAUGCUGCCUGCAGGGCUUGACACAACGCUUGAGGUGGGGUGUUGGGAACAGCACUGCUUCUCAUCCUGGCCUGAGGAUGGGAAGGGGUUGGCCAUGGCCUCCACAGACCCAGGGAAAGCCUUGUCAAGUGAGAGGGUAAAUGGUGCUGAGCUGGAGUGAGCAAGACAGUGUGCGGCCGCGGAUGGGUGUCGUGGGGGAUGAAAACCCUUUCACCUGCCUGGGAUCCUAGCAGGAAUCACUGUUCUCACCUACACGACAGAAGCUCUAAAACUGAGGGUGGUGGUUUUCAGAGCUAUUAUUUUUAUUUUUUAAUGAUACAUAUGCAUGAAAUUGGAGUACAUUCCAUUACUGCAGAAAGAUGACAGCUAAAGCUGUACGGAUCACAGAUUUCUUGUAGGAACCAUGGCAUGCCUUAAUGCUGAUUAUUAGCACUAGAAAAACGAACUCUCCCCCGACUGUCAGUAUGUUAUUAUCAAGAGAGAAGUUUUCUGACACUUUGUAAAAUGCCUGUCACAGAUCAUGAGCCUGCAAUACUUUAAUGAACCCUGUAAUUUUCUCUGAGCAUUUUAAGGAAACCUUAGUCAACCUAAUAAUCUAAAUAUACUCUGCAGGAGUGUGAGGAGUAAGAAAAUUCAAACAACAGGACUAACAGAGUUUCUUCACUUUGGUGUUACUGUGUACUAAGAAAGACGUGAAGGAAGGCCUUCAGAGUGCAGGAAUUUAGCAGAUAAAAACUCUCAGGACAUUCCUCUGAUCACCUUUACAAAUUACAGCAUGGUGUGAGUUGGUGGUGUGAUAUAAAACCUCUGGACUCUCAGGUUCUCGUGCUGUGUGGUGUGACAGAAACCAAAGCACUUGCUGUCUGAUGACCGAUGGUGGAAAAUGAAUGUAUGAGCCCACUGGCCAGUGGACAAGCCAGUGGACCUCACACGAGGCCAUACCAAAGGCUGAGGCCAAGGGACACUGAUUGCCCUCUCAUGCACCCUCACAACUUGAUUUCCCCUGCUCAAAAGUUAAGUGCUUUAAGGGUACAGGUGUGGGAAGAAUUGUUGGUGCUUUUUCAUUGCCUGAGCUAAAGCUGUCACAGGGAUCAUUGGAGAGCUUUCUGUUUUUGGGGAUCUAAAUUUUGGCAUAUACCAUCUGGGUUUUAGGUGCCCUCUAAACUAUCAGGAUUCCAAGUACAGAUUUCUGAAUACCCCAGAAAUGCAUCAGGAUUUAUACCCUUAGUCAGUUCAUUUCUGACCAACCCUAACUGCCAGACGUGACGCUUUCCAGUUUUCUACCUCAUGACAUGUCUGCAGGCUGGGCUCUGCUCUGGCUUCUGCCUUCCCACCAGAGGGGCCCUGGAGGUGCCUGUGCUGCAGGGAGGGAGGCAGCCAGCAUCUGGCUCCCUGCUGCUCAAACAGCUCCCCGGUAACCCGUGUUCUCAGUUCCCUUUUCUUGAUCAGACACAUGUGGCCGAGGCUGGCCAUUUGGGAGCUGCAUGGCAUCUGCUGGGGAUGGAUAUUCAUUGGAAUGGAGGCCUAUUGCCAUGUUCCCAGCCCCCAGGCCACGGGUUCCCUGCAUGGCUCCUGGGCACAGCCAACCUCACCUGCUCCUUGCCAGCCUGAACUCAGCCCCAUGGCAGAAAUGUCCAAGACUCUCUCCUAGGAAGCUAUGCUGGGUUGCUGCUGGUUUUUUAUGUGUUUACAGUUUUUUAGUCUUUGUAAUCCUUUUAAAAAUCUGUCUGCGAUGAAUAUAAAGUUUACUGACUAGGAAAGCAACUGGUUUAAUCUUGUAAAGCUCCUUUUUGAUCCACAACAGGGCGAAACAUCACAGUCCAUCGUGAGCUGUUCAAUAGCGCAUUUGAUGCCUUAUUACAAUCGCAGACGUGUUCUGUACAGAGUGAAAAAUAAAAGUCUGUGAAGCUGA